AUGGCGUCGGAACCGCUCGCAGUAGUACCGGGGCACUCUUUGGGCUUCUUAGGUGUGUAUUCCUACUUCAGAGUCCCAGAAGAGUCCCAGACGAGUCCCACCAAGCGAUACUGACGGAUAGCUGCAGUUCUCGGUUCGUCUUUGCAACACGUUCUCACCGCCGUGAAGCAGGAUAAAUCGCAAUACUCAACAAUCGAUCUCAGCUAUUCACAGACCCGCCCUCUAGCCACGCCGGUCGUUGUCUCUCUUCCUCAGAAUGGCAUCCGACUCCGAUUCGAUGGCCCUGAUCAAAGGCUGCGACUAAUCGAGGUAAUGGACUUUGGAAAAGCGAAGUUGGCCUACAAGGGAAGCGAGCUGGUCAAGAAACAGGAAGAGGGCGCUUCUUUCAAGAGGAUAUAUCAGCUCUUUGGCGCGUCAUUUCCCGGAGAAUAUAUUCCUCCUCAGACUGGGCGUACAGGGACAUAUGUGCUGUCAUGGCCAGGGGUAGCGUUCAACUUUGCUUUGCAGCAUUCCGCUUGGGCGCCGGAGAAGGAUCACGUCUCUCUCCUUGGCUCUCAUGCUGCCUCACCGGCUUCUCACAUGGCCAUUUUCGACGGGAACAGCUGGCCAGAGGCAAGAAACACACUAUUCGUCAAACAGUCCCCUGCGCACAGGAGCCCUGCGAUAGCGUCGCAGCCACGCGACGCACUGCCCUCGGAAAUCGAAGCUGCGCUGCUCGAGCAUCCAGGACAGCUUACUCUCGUCCGUCGCUCGCCCGCACCACCCAUUUUUAUCGCUCUCGGACAAAGCUCGCCUCAAGACCUGCUCACCGAGCUUGGUUCACCGGAUACAAUACACAAACGAGACUCCCAGACUCUGUCGGAGGAAUCCACUCACGGCAGACCAAGGGACAAUUCACGCUCACUGUCGAAUGGGCGAGCGCAUGCUACGCCGCCAUCCAGCUACUCUUCGACAGGGACGGAUACGUUCGAUACCGACUUCGAUUCUGGAGAUGCUGACGACGAGCCUGCCGAAAGGGCUGGGCGAGAGAAGUUCUGGUCUUAUUUUGGGCAUGGGAUGGACAUUCUGGUCGGGCCGCCGAAUGAGCAGAUAUCGAUCGAAGACCAAGGUGUCCCAUUGACUCCGCUUUCAGCGAGCCCGCAUCUGGUCGUACUCAAGGUCAUUAUUCAUGGCAAUGUUCCUGGCAGCUACGCCUUCAACAGGCAUCGGAGGUUACGAUGGACCCUGAAACUUCGUGGCGCCAGUUCGGAUCUGUCUUCGGAGCAUUCCUUUGACGAUAUCAAGCCCGACCUCAUGCAAGCUUUCCAUGGUGUCUGGCCCGAAUCAGAGAUGGGCAGAGGCAAGGUCGUCAACCGGACGUGGGGUGCCAACCCGAGUGACAGUAGCUUCUUCCUGCCGGAUGCAGACCAGGACUUGGUAGAGGGCGGAGGGAGCGAACACAUUGAUAACAGCAAGCUGUACCACCUCCCAGGCCUGACAUUCGAGGUCUUGAGCAAUGGAGCAGUGAGCGCUUUGACCGUCUCCUGA